AUGACACGAAAAGGUUUCGUGAACAGUUCACGCGUUGUCACAAGUAGAAUAUAUUUUCCGCUGUACACGCCGUUUUAUAUACUAAAAUUUCCUCACAGUGGAGGGUUUUCAAGAAAAAAAAGGAAAAAUGUUGGUGAUUUUGAAUUUUAUUACAUUGGUUUAGUAAUUAAAACUAUUAGGAGUUCAACAUUAACAACUAUUGAUGAACUUGGCGCAUUCCAUGAAUGUUUAUUACCACAUGUAAAAAAAUGUUUUAGUAAAGCAUUGUUCAAUAAAACAAAAGCUACAUCUGGCGAACAACACAGUGAAAGCAGUGGUUACUCAUCAAUGGAUUUAAAUACAAGUAUAUUUGAUUUAGAUGAACUCUCGACGAAUCUCAGUCAGAAAUCCAGUAUAAGAGUGAUUACAGUGAAACGAUCCAACAGAAUGAGCAAUGACGUUAAUGAGCGGCGGGAAAACGCCCUGGUUAACUUACCAAAUAUGCCCACAAAAGUAGUUGAACCUCUUAAAAUAAAACGUAGUCCCACAUCACCAGUUACGGUAAUUAAAAUACCACAAAAAGUAUCAAACGUUUGUUUAAUAAAUUCAGAUGAAAAGGAUAAACAAAAUGGAACAAGUAUUGCUUCACAAUCAACAAUGGCCAUAGAUCUAUCUGAAUCAAAUUUUAAACCUCAAAUGAGCGCUGUGAGUGUUGUUCGUUUGAAACGUAUACCUAGUUCACCGCAAUCCAUUGAAUCGAAUCAUUGCAGGUCAAGUAUACAUAAAGCUAUAAAAGUAGAACCAUUACCUGAUAAACUUGCAUGUUUAAAAACCACCGAAGAACAAUUUAAUGUUAUAAAACUACCAAGAUCAACCACAUCAGUAAAAGCAGAAAGAAUUGUUCCAAAAUCAUCGGAACCUGAACGAACAAAAUCAUUGGAAACUAUAAAUCAGCGUCAGUCUGCUAAUAAUCGUGAAUAUAAUGGAAUUCUAAAACAAAGAUUUCAUCAUAUGUCACUUGUAAAUGUUACGAAAGUAAAACGUAUUCAAUCUACCUCUCCAAAUGAACUGAAUAUUGAUAGCAUACCAAAUGAUGAGUCAAAAACUAAAUUAAGAUAUAAUGCAUUCAGUGGGAGACGAAAAAGUUUUACUACUAGUGU